AUUUUUGUUCGGCGCAGAUCUCUGCUUCUUAUUAGACGAGAACUAAAUUUAGUUAAUAUUAGCUGGUGUAUAAGUAAAUUUUUUUUUAAUAUAUUUGUGUGCAUUAUUAUAAGCAAAUAAUAAUUUAAACGUAUUUAAAAUAAAGAAAAUUAUAAAUUAAUUAACAAGUAAUAUAAAAAUUAUUUAAAAAAAAUGUCGAAACAUAAUGGUCAAGGCCCCGGAGGCUCGUCACAAAUCCAAACCUAUAAAUUGGUUGUAGUGGGAGGCGGUGGCGUUGGAAAAUCUGCGAUCACCAUACAAUUCAUACAGAGUUAUUUUGUUAUGGACUAUGAUCCCACAAUCGAAGACUCCUAUACCAAACAAUGUGUCAUUGAUGAUGUGCCAGCCAAAUUAGAUAUUCUUGACACAGCCGGCCAAGAAGAAUUCAGCGCUAUGCGUGAACAGUAUAUGCGUUCGGGUGAAGGCUUCUUACUAGUCUUUUCAUUAAACGAUCAUUCCAGUUUCGAUGAAAUUGCCAAAUUUCAAAAACAAAUUUUACGCGUCAAGGAUCGCGAUGAGUUUCCCAUGCUAUUGGUGGGCAACAAAUGUGAUAUAGAACAACAGCGUCAAGUGUCAUUGGAAGAGGCACAAAAUGCCAGUCGUCAAAUGAUGAUACCCUAUAUAGAGUGUAGUGCUAAAUUGAGAAUAAAUAUUGAUCAGGCAUUUCAUGAGCUAGUAAGGUUGGUGAGAAAAUUUCAAAUAGCCGAAAGGCCAUUGAUUGAGGAACGUCAUAAGGAUAGAAAGAAACGAAGAUGUUGUGUUUUGUAAAUUGAAGGAAGUGAAAGUAAAAGAAACUGAAAUUAAGAAAACAUAUCUUUACAAAAGAUUUAUAUAAACCUACUACCACAAAACACCAAAAUUAUUAUUAUUAUUAUUAUAUAAAUAAUAUAUAAAUUAAAACAACAGCUGCCAGAUUUAUUAAAUAAUUAAUAAAUUUUCUAAACAGUUUCUUUUAAAACAACAUUACAAAACUACUACAAAGAUAUUCUAAAAUCUAUUUAAUAAAAAAAACAACAACAAAUUCUCAACUUUAGGACAAAAAUAAAACAAAACUAAACUAAACUUUUACCACCUUUUGAAGCAUGAUGAAGUUAAAACCACAAAUAAAUUAAACAAUUUUUGAAAAUAAACAAAUAACGAAUUAACUUUUAACUUUAAAAGAAUUUCAUAAUUUUACAAUUUACAAAAGUUAAAUUAUUUAUAUUUUUCUUAUUAUAUAAAUGUAUAAUAAAUGUGCAGUUAAAUGCCAAAAUAUUAUUUUAAUUAAUUUACUUAAAGCUUCUUAAAAAAAAUCUCUUUUAAAAAAAUUUUCCUUUUUUUGUAACAAAUCACAAAAUGCCAAAUAACUUUUUUGUAAUUUUCGUGUUUAUUAAACACAAGAAAAAACUUAAAAUAAAUUUAAAACAAAACUCAAAAUUUGUAUUAACAUAAAAAAAAGUGCCUCAAAAUAAAAUUUGUAUUGCACGAAAUUAAAUUAUGCACAAACGUAACAAAAACAACAAAACAAGUAUCAAAUAAAUAUUUACAAAAUAUUUAAAAAAAAACUCAUUUUAAAUUAUUAAAAAAACUGCAUCAAUUUUUGUAAAAUUUUAAAUAUAUUUUUAAUUAAUAUGUUUGUUAUUUAAUUAAAAAUAAAUAAUAUAAUAUAUUUUUAUUAUAAAUUUGCUACAAUUUUUCUUAAAAAAAUCUUUGUGUUUUUUAGUUAAAUACUUUUUUCAUAUAUUUACAAAUUUACUCGUUUUUUUUAAGUGUAAUACUUGUAUUAAUUGUUAUUGUAAACUUAAUAAUAUACAAAAAAAACCAAAUCAUUAAAAAAUCAAUAUUUUUUUUUAAAUAAAACAACAACCAUUUUUGUGUGUUUGUCCAUAUUUUUUAUAUAUUGCUAAUUAAUAGUUUUUUAUUUGUAUUUUGUAUUUAAAUGUAAACGUUUUAAAAGAAUUUAUAUAUAAAAUUAAAAAAAAAAAAAAAAAAAAAUUAUAAUAAUACGAACGUUGUAUUGUAAAUGGCAUUAAAUAAAGUGUAACAUAUUAUUAACAAA